CAAUUGCAAGAAUAUAUGCUGCUCUCCGCUGCUGCGUAAUUCCCUUUUUUUUUUUUUUUUUUUUUAUUAUUAUUAUUAUAACUAAAGAAAAAGAAAACCCUAGAUUCUGAAAGAGGAUUUUACAGGAAAAAAGAAUUUGAUAAAAGAAAAAAAUAAAAAAUUAACAAUGAAUGGGAUGCAACUGCAAGAUUAGGUAUUUUGGACGCACAUUCAGAAUCGGCGGUCGAGGAGGACGGUAAAGAGGGACGGCGAUGGGUUCCGAUUCGGGGUAUUCUGAGACCAACCAGUACUGGACGAAAUUUGUGGCCAAGUGCUUGAUAGGAGGCGUCGUGGUCGCCUUGAGCGCCUCGGUUUUGGCUUCCUACAAUGGCGCCCAGGUCCCGCUGGGAAUUCAGUGGAGGAAGAAGAAGAAGAAACCCGUGCGCGUUUACAUGGAUGGUUGCUUCGAUAUGAUGCACUACGGCCAUUGCAACGCUCUCCGUCAGGCUCGUGCCCUGGGUGAUCAGUUGGUUGUGGGCGUUGUCAGCGACGCCGAGAUUAUCGUCAAUAAGGGGCCCCCUGUAACUCCUCUCAAUGAAAGAAUGAUUAUGGUUAAUGCUGUGAAAUGGGUCGAUGAGGUUAUUCCGGAUGCCCCUUAUGCCAUAACCGAAGAGUUCAUGAGGAAGCUAUUUGAUGAGUACGAUAUAGACUAUAUCAUUCAUGGGGAUGAUCCUUGCGUUCUUCCUGAUGGGACUGAUGCAUAUGCGCUCGCCAAGAAGGCUGGUCGCUUCAAGCAUAUCAAGCGGACUGAAGGAGUCUCUAGCACCGACAUUGUUGGUCGUAUGCUUCUCUGUGUAAGAGAAAGAACUAUUAAUGAGACUCAAACCCAUGCUUCCUUGCAAAGACAAUUUAGCCAUGGUCACGGCCAGAAAUUCGAAGAGGGUGGAUCUGGAAGUGGAACUCGCAUAUCACAUUUUCUGCCAACUUCUCGCAGAAUUGUUCAGUUCUCCAAUGGGAAGGGGCCUGGACAAGAUGCUCGCAUAGUUUAUAUAGACGGUGCAUUUGAUCUUUUUCAUGCAGGACAUGUGGAGAUUUUGAGGCUUGCUCGGGAGCUUGGAGAUUUUCUUCUUGUGGGGAUACACACUGAUCAGACUGUCAGUGCUAGUAGGGGAGCACAUCGCCCAAUUAUGAAUCUCCAUGAAAGAAGCCUUAGUGUUUUGGCUUGCCGCUAUGUAGAUGAAGUGAUAAUUGGUGCUCCAUGGGAAGUGUCUAGAGACAUGAUAACAACGUUUAAUAUUUCAUUAGUUGUGCAUGGGACAAUAGCAGAGAGUAGCGAUUUUAAGAAGGAAGAUGGAAAUCCGUAUGCUGUUCCGAUCAGUAUGGGUAUCUUUAAAGUUCUGGAUAGUCCUUUAGACAUUACAACGACAACGAUAAUUAGGAGGAUUGUGUCCAAUCAUGAAGCUUACCAGAAACGAAAUGAAAAGAAGUCAGAAAGCGAGAAAAGAUAUUACGCGGAUAAGACUUAUGUUUCCGGUGAUUGAUCUGAAUCAGGAACUCAAAGGCAGGGCAGGGCCUCCCAACUUUAUCUGUGGUCUUUACGCGAUAAAGAAAAAAUGGAGCACUUUUAAUUAAAUAGUAUUUUUAUAUAAAUUAUUUCAGGUAAUUUUUAUUAUUAAUAUAUAUAUAUAUAUAUAUAUUUUUUUUUUCCCACUGCAUUGAAUAUAGUGAGGAUAUUCGACUUGAAGGUCUUUUUUGGCUUGUAUGCUUUCUUAAAAGGAUGUCGACCAUAUCUAUAUUUAUUUAUAAACGGAGAUUGAUAAUCA